AUGCCACCAAAAUCAAGCAAUAAGAAAAACCAAGCUGCUUGGUAUCAUUGUGAGGCAUGUGGUGUGCAUAUAACAUCAAAAGAUCGAGAUAAACAUGAACACUUAAAUCCAAAUGAAAUAAGUAAUGUGUGUACGGAGUUUAUUUACAAUGGAGCGCUAUUUACCAGCAGCUUGCAGCCGCGCACUUUUGAGUUGGAAGCAUUGAAAGAUUUGCCGCCAAAAUGUGCAAACAUGCUAAUAUUUAUAUCCGAGGGUGCUAUGCAACUGGCAGGUCUGCACAUUGGUCAACAUGUGAUUAUAGAAUCACAGAAAGAAGCCGCAAAUGUGGCGCCUCUCGUUCGUUUACUCUGGCCGGUGUCUGAGCAGUUUCUAACCACAGUGUUUGCCUCAGCUCAGGAUUUAAAAUACAACUGGACUACGCUGCGUGGCAAACUACUGCGCAUUUCAGCACUAAACUCCAGCAGGAUCUCAGCUGCCAGCAGCAUCAGCUUAAGGCAGCUUGAUGUAAAGGAAUCAAACAUAACGCCGGCACAACUGAAAGAUGUAGCUGCAGUGCUAAAGCGCGAUAUUGUUAAUCAAAUCUACUGUCAAGGCAGCGUCCUGCAUUUAAAUUUCUUCAAUAAGCAUUUAAGCUUUAGCUUAGAGAGCUGGCAGCCAAUCCAACAGAGCUCAGUGGAGCAGUCCUUGGCAGCGCUAAGCUUGGAGAAAGUCCAGCAGUUUAUGCAGAUUACAAAUGCCACACGUUUGGAUCUGCACCAAGGCACUAAGGAGCAGGAUGAAGCGCAACAGCUAGGAAAAGAGCCACGCAUAACGAAGGCGCAGAUUGGUGGACUAAAAAGGCAAAUGCAAAUUGUUGAAGAGAGCAUGGAGUGUGCGCUGGGCUUUAGAGCUUUGCCAGAAGGUGUUAAAGUCAGUCGUGGUCUACUUUUAUGCGGUGCUAGUGGCUGUGGCAAAUCCAUGAUCUGCGAGGCCAUGUACUCUGCUGCUCUGGAGCGGGAUAAGCAUGUGCAGCUGUUGCGCAUCAACAGCUGCGAGAUCUACAGCAAAUUCCUUGGCGAAACAGAGCAAAAGUUGUCCAUAUAUUUCGAGCGCGCCUAUGCGCAUUAUCCACAUCCAACAUUAAUGCUGCUGGAGGAUGUGCAUACAUUAUGUCCCAAGCAGGAUAACAAUGAUUUGGUGAAGCGUGUGUCACUUGCAUUCUUGUCACAACUCGAUCAACUGAGCAACGGCAGUUGUGCUGCAGCUGGACGCAUCUUUCUGUUGGCCACAAGCUCACAAAUUGAUGCUUUGCAUCCGAGUAUAAGACGCGCUGGACGUUUGGAUUGCGAGGUGGAGUUGGGACCACCAGCGCCACAGGCACGCUUGGAGAUAUUGCAAUGUCUGCUGCAGCCGCUCGAGCACAAUAUUACAGCUGAGCAACUGCAGCAUAUAGCUAGCAUAACCCAUGGCUAUGUGGGUGCCGAUCUGGCGAGCUUGGUAUAUGCAGCUACGCUAAGCACUUUGCAGUCAGAAUCAACUACGCUGGAGUUGGCGCAACUGCAGUCAGCACUGACGCAGGUGAAACCCUCAGCUAUGCGCGAAGUGCUCAUCGAGAAUCCCAAUGUGCGCUGGUCGGACAUAGGCGGACAGGCGGAGCUGCGAUUGUCACUGCAACAAGCCAUUGAGUGGCCGCUGCUGCAUGCGGAUAAGUUCAAGCGCUUGGGCAUUAAACCGCCACGCGGCGUGCUUAUGUUUGGACCGCCUGGCUGCUCCAAGACUAUGAUAGCCAAGGCGCUAGCCACCGAGAGCAAGCUCAACUUUCUGUCCAUCAAGGGUCCCGAACUCUUUUCUAUGUGGGUAGGCGAAUCGGAGCGUGCAGUGCGUGAAGUUUUUCGCAAGGCACGUCAAGUGGCGCCGGCCAUAGUUUUCUUUGAUGAAAUUGAUGCCAUUGGCGGCGAACGCGCCGAGGGCUCAUCCGCUGGUGGUUCCUCUGUCAAGGAGCGUGUGCUGACACAGCUGCUUACCGAGCUGGAUGGCGUUGAAGCUUUGCAAAAUGUAAGCAUUGUAGCGGCCACGAAUCGUCCGGAUAUGAUAGACAAAGCGUGCUUGCGUCCCGGACGCAUUGAUCGUGUUUGCUACGUGGGUUUGCCCGAGGCUGCGGCACGUCGUGAAAUCUUAGAUAUUAAAUUGCGUGUUAUGCCUUUGGCGGAGAAUGUGCUGCUGGACAAGCUGGUCGAACGCACUGCAGGUUACUCAGGCGCUGAGCUGCAGGCUGUUUGCCAUGAAGCAGCGUUGAGUGCGCUGCAGGAAAGCUUCGAGGCUACUUGUGUGGAAUGGCAGCACUUUGAAUCCGCGCUGGAUACAGUGCAGCCACGCACAAGUCCCGAACUAUUAAAACUUUACGAAGAAUAUAUGAAAAAGAAAUAA